UCUUGUCCUCACUCACUACCUGAUGGGUCAACCCGGGGUCUCGGUCUCCCCUGAAGAGCAUGUCGUCAUGGAGACAGAGCGUCCUCAGCUGUCUCUGAAACGCCUUGGCAGCCGGUCCAAACCCGCCGUUCACCUGGAAGGGCACUACCAGGCCGGGGCCAAGGGGGGGCAGGUGGAGUGGCUCCGGGACCAGGGUCAGGCCUUCCUCCAGGGGGGCUUCCAGGUGAAGGAGAACCAGAUCCUGAUCCCCCGGAGCGGCCUCUACUUCGUCUACAGCCAGGCGUCCUUCCGGAUCGCCUGCGAGGACGGGGAGCAGGCGCGCGUCACCCCGCUCAGCCACCGCGUGUGGCGCUACUCGGACUCCGUGGGGGGCCCGUCCACGCUGAUGAGCGCCGUGCGGUCGGCGUGCCAACGGCCCGCGAUCCGCGGCGAGGGGUGGUACAACACCAUCUACCUGGGCGCCGCCUUCCAGCUGCACAAGGGGGACAGGCUGUGGACGGAGACCAACCAGCCGGAGCAACUGGAGUACGAGGGAGGGAAGACCUUCUUUGGAGUGUUUUCCCUGUGACGCCGCCGCGGUAACGCUAGCGGCUCUGUAGCUUAAAACUGCCAUUUGAAACUUGUUUUGUGGCUUUAAACGUGUUCUGUAGCUUUAAAUGUGUUUUGUUGCUUUUGAACGUGUUUUAAGCGGGGUUCUGUAGUUAUAAAUGUGUUUCUGUAGUUUUAAAUGUGCCCUGUAGUUUCAAAUGUGUUCCGCAGAUUUAAAUGUGUUCUGUUGCUUUAAAUGUCUUCUGUAGCUUUGAACUUGUUCCGUAUGUUUAAAUGUGUUCUGUAUCUUUAAAUGUGUUCUGUAGCUUUGAACUUGUUCUGUAGGUUUAAAUGUGUUCUGUAUCUUUAUAUGUGUUCUGUAUCUUUAAAUGUGGUCUGUAGCUUUGAACGUGUUCCGUAGGUUUAAGCAUAUUCUGUAGCUUUGAAUGUGAUCCAUGUCAUUCCUAUUUGAUAUCUCAGUAGAGAUGGACUGCUUCAACAGACCAUGGCUGAGUAUCUCUCGAACUGCAACAGUUUGCAAUUAUACUGCUUUUCAAGAUUGUACAAAGUACAGAAUGACUCUCUCUAAUACUACUACGAGUACUUACUUCAGAGCUAACAAUCAUUUCGAUAUCUAUUUGUAUUUAUUUGUAUUUAUUAAUGUACAUAUUACACAUAUUAGCUGUAAA